AUGAAGAUCACCGCCGCCGUGAUCCGCCAGGUGGCUGCCUUAGCGGGGGUAGCAGCGCGCCCCACCAAAGGAGCCACUAUCGCCGCCAUAGACGAGUACGUGGAAAUGGUGGCUCGAUUACCCGUGGGACCAGUGGUGGGAGUCGACAUUGGCAUCAAGAACUUCAGCUGGUGUGUACUAGCUCCCCAAACCCCGAUAACCCCGGCAUCGGUGUUUGAUUGGGGCACCGCUGAUCUCCUCACCACGCCCUACGAGGCGAAAGCCGGGCCUAGCCACCCGCUCGAUACUCAACGCCAGCUCAUUGCUCUGAUUAACCAGCGUACGGCGUCGUGGGCUCGCCACCAGCCGCAAUUGGUGGUGGUGGAAACUCAGCGCCCAGCAUCAAACACUAACCAGCGGACUUUGCCGGCAGUGCUUGCCAAUAUCCGAGUGGAACUGUGGGUGAGCCAAGCUUGCUAUCCCACUAUCGUGGUGCCGAUGACCCUGGCCCAGAUGGCCUCAUUUUGGCUCCACCGGUUCUUUUGCCGGACCUCCUUGCCCAAAACGUCAAAGCCCCUUCGUGUAGGGCUAUGCCAACAAAUAUUGGCGGUGCUGAAACAAGACAUCCGGGCUCAGGCCAACAUCGACGCCCAUAACAAGAUCGACGACGCCGUCGACCUGUUUCUCUACGCGACCGCCGGCGUCGAACAGCUAGCGUUCUGCCGUCAUCUCGCCGCGCUCGACGGCGUCGCCGCCGCCAGUGCCCACCAGCCGCAAGCACUCCUGCUGCUAGUGACGCAGUUCCACCACCGACACUUCCGCUGGGCGCAGCCGUUGCUCGAGUUGCCGGGGCUACGCCUGCCACUAGCGGUGACGCCGUUGGCGGCGUCGCUCGCCCAAUCCGGGUAA